CCUCGGAAGAGUCAAGUAUUAACGUUUUUAGCCCGGGUAUGUUAUAUGACAGCGAUUCCUCGCAGGAGAACCAUGACAUGAGCGCCGAAAGAGCGGCAGGGCACGCCGGAUAUUCGAUGCUGCAUGGACGCAAGAGGUCUGCUAGUAGAGGCAGCAGGGGCGCGUUGGCAGAUAAAUGCAUGGACGAAAAGGAGUUACAAGAUUUACGGUUGAAGGUAAAUUCAAGGGAGCGGAAACGCAUGCAUGACUUGAACUCUGCCUUGGAUGGUCUGCGGGAAGUUAUGCCCUACGCGCACGGUCCGUCGGUGCGGAAACUUUCUAAGAUCGCUACGUUACUUCUCGCUAAGAACUAUAUAUUGAUGCUGACGAACUCUCUCGAAGAAAUGAAGAAACUUGUAAGUGACGUGUAUAAAUCUGACAGCAACCGCGGACAUCGUGUCUCAGCGCCGCCGCCGCCGUCAACAGUUCCGCCGCUACAACCGGUACCUUCACCGCCGCAGACGUCGUCGGCGUCCGCAAAUGCGCAUCCAUAUCCGGUGGUUCCGACUGCCACCCGUGUUUUUUCGAGUGCCACUUCUAUCGGAGAGCGGCCCUCGAGCAAGGAUUCCUUGUUCACGCCAGCUGCACUUAUUCACACUUCCGGUGCACAUGCGCAUGAGCAGCACUUGCUCCAUUCUCGCUGGCACGUGCCUUGUGCUUGCAGCCAGUGUUUAUAUUUACAUUCUCGGAGAAACCUGGCGACCGGAAUGCCGCAUCUGUACAAUCCUUACGCGAGAAAAGACUCGAGCCACACGUAAACCCUGUGAGUGCGACACUGUGAAUCAGACAAUGUGAUAUCAUUAAUCAAGAUAUAGAUUAUUGUGUUUUGUUAUGCCCAUUUCGCGAAGUGUUAGUUGAUAGUAUUCUUUGCAUCAUUUCGCUUUUAACCCAUGUAUGCCUAUCGUCUAGAAAAAGGCCUUAGCAAAAAGCGCCGACCCAGAUGAGAGGCCGCAUGAUACAUCUGGGUCUUCGCUGUUUGCAUAAAGGAAUUUCUGUAAGAAAUAUUUUAAAUAUAGAAAUAAAUAUACUAGACAUCCCUAAUUUUGGAAAUAAAUUGAUCCAAUUUAGAAGGAUAGGAGAGUCCACUAGGCAUAAAUGGGUUAAUUAUUACGCACUUAGAGCAUUAUGUUUCGUGACAAAGGGAAUUACCAUGAACAAGAUACGUCGUAUAUGUUACGAAACCAUCCGGUAUACUUUAGAAAACAUAUCACGUUUGGAUGCUUCAAUUAAUAAAUCACAUCUUUAAUUGAACUUGAAAUAAUUAUUAUACUGUUAAUUUAUUUAAUUUCAAUAAAUUACUUAGAAUAAAAUAA